AUGAAACAGCAGAUGAAGACGCUGCUUGACUACUUUUUCGAACAAGUCCAGCAGUAUCCAACGUCGAUUGCAAUCGAAGAUGGAACGAAAUCUGCGGACGAGUCGACCUGGAAAAGGGUGACUUACGCCGAACUUGACACUUUAUCUGAUGCCUGGACUAGACAACUGGCAAAAGCUGGCGUAGGCCCCGGCAUUAUAGUCCCACUACUAUCCAACAGGUCCAUCGCCAUGGUGGCAGCGGUACUGGCAAUCCUCAAACUGCGCGCUGCAUACGUGCCUAUUGACGCAAGCUCCUGGGGCAAGGACCGUAUAGAUGGGGUACUUGCAAGACUUUCUCCAAAGAUAAUUGUGUCGACAGCUUGUCCAGAGGGUUACUAUAAAUAUCCGGUCCUCCAUUUGAAUGAGAACGACGUAUCCGAACCAGUGGCGGGCGACGAAGCUGGUGUUGUGACUUGUUCUCACCAGGCUGCCUAUGGCGGAGACGAUCUUGCAUAUGUUAUAUUCACAUCUGGCACGACAGGAAAGCCAAAAGGAGUGAUGAUCGGACUGGAAUCCAUAUCUCGCUAUGUGAAGGAAGGGGGAGACCUGCCUUUCAACUUCAACACCAGGCAUGGUACACGGGUAUUGCUGAUUUGUUCGAUUGCUUUUGACGUGUGCGCGGGCGUUGUAUUUAGCACAAUAUGCAAUGGCGGAACUCUUAUCCUCGCGGACCCGUCCACCCUCGAAGCAGCGGCGAAGUCUUGCCAUGUCUUGCCAUUAACCCCAAGCAUCUUAUGUUCCCUGGAUCCGGAUGCUGGAUUUGACAGAGUUGAGAGAAUAUUUCUGGGUGGUGAAGCUCCGGAAGAGCCCCUGAUUCAGGCCUGGCAUUCCACGCAGAGGCGGCUGUAUAACUCUUAUGGUCCAACGGAGACGACGUGCACUGUGUUAAUGAGUGAGCUUGUACCUGGGUUACCAAUAACCAUUGGGCAUCCCAUAUCAUAUAGCGUCGUCACUUUGCUGGAUACUGAGGGGUCAGAGUCAUCUGAGGGAGAGAUUUGUAUCUCUGGGCCAGGGCUUGCGUUGGGCUACUUUGGGGACCCGGAGCGCACCGCUGCUUCCUUUGUCAAGCUAAAUGGCCGGAUGGUGUACCGGACUGGCGACCAUGGGAAGCAUGCAAAGGAUGGGAUGCAGUUCUGCGGCCGUAGGGAUAGCAUGGCCAAGAAUCGAGGAUUUUUGAUCAACCUUGAAGGCGACGUAGAGCCCGCGUUGUUGUCAUUCAACAAGGUAGCCCGUGCAGCGGUCUGCAUGUCGAAUGGCAAGCUCAUUGCCUUUGUUACUCCAGUUGAAGCCAGAGACGGUCUCCGUGAAUAUCUCUCAACUACCGUCCCUUCAUAUAUGGUACCGGACAUCGUAUAUUCACUGGAUGGAUUCCCUACAACUGCGAAUGGGAAAAUUAACCGACAGAGCCUAGCUCAGAUGCAUGAAGCCGCUCGGGGUGCCGAUGGUAGCCUGUUGGAAGUAGGGCUCAGUAGUACUGAAGCCAUCCGAAGAGGGAUAUCAUACGUCCUUCAACAACCAGUGGACCAGGUUACCAGUGCUUCAUCUUUCCGGCAGCUUGGAGGCCAUUCACUUGCAGCGGUGAUGCUUACUUCGUGUCUAAGGCGGAUGGGCUUCAUCAUUGGUGUCCAUGAUAUAUUAUUGCUAGACACCGUUGACAGGAUGGCUACGGCAUUGAAAGAGGCCGGAAAUGGCACAAACGUCUCUCUAAUACCAGGGCAGUUAAGUCACGAUCUAGAAGAGACAGUUUCCAAGGCCAAUUACCUUGAAAGUGAGAGCUCUGUACCGAUGACAGAUAUUCAGAUGAGAAUGGCUCGAGCAAGUAUAGCAACCCCUGGGCUCUCGUUUAUAAAGGCCUCAUUUACUCUCGACCAUCCUGGUAGAGACGACUUCACAACCAUCCUUUAUGCCGCCUGGGAGCGCUUACAUCAACGUCAUGGAAUCUUACGGACGUCUUUUAUCUUGACCGAACCGGAGGCUCAACUAGUGUCUUGCGAUAUAAAGCUCGCCUGGACAGAAUGUGUAAUUGCAGAAACAGACUGGGACGCCACAUGUCAACUGGAAGAGGCCCUCGACUUCGGCCAAUUCGCAAAGUUCGAUCCUAGGGAGCAGUGCUCCUUGUCACGGGUAACUCUCGUGGUGGUGCCUGCCAUCCGAACUCGGUUUAUCUGGACGGUGCAUCACAGCCUUAUUGACGGAUGGUCCAUGUCGUCGUUGAUGAGAGAUAUUGCAUCCUGCUUGGACAAUAGACCAUUACCGCCACCUCCGCCACAAUUCGCCCAGGUCGCCCUGGCCAUAGACCAGUUGACGCGCGAGUAUUCGAGUAAAGCAGUAUCAUUUUGGAAAGAAUAUACAGAUGGAUAUAUUCCCGUGCAAAGGCUUCGACUACCGCCACCGUCUGAUAUCAACAAUUACAAACAGGCUACUUUAUCCCACACCCUUGCAAUAAGCGUGUCUGAGCUGGAACGGGCCGCUCAAGACCGGCUGUCUGUCACUCCAGCAGCUCUUCUUUAUGCAGCGUGGGGUACCCUUAUCUCAAGAUACUCCGGAACUGAUCGUACUAUUCUGGGUGCUGUCCUGUCUGGGAGAAAUUUGGAGAUUCCUGGAGUGGAGAAUGUUGUUGGCCCCUUGAUAAACACACUGCCACUCAAAGUAGAUGCUGAGGAAACCCAAUCAGUAUAUGACUUCGUGCAGACGGUGUUCAAGGCAUUAUGCGACAUUCUGGAGUAUCAAUGGUCUCCUUUCGCCGUGAUUCAGGAAGGCAGUGGUUAUCACCCUGCAAAACUAUUUGAGACCCUUUUUGCCUUGCAGUACGACUUCCCACAGACGGCAGGGGAGUUCAGCCAGCUCUAUUCACCCCGAGAUGUAAGAUAUACAGAAGCGACUGAAGUUCCCCUUACGGUUCUGCUAGACAGCGCCAACGGCAGGUUUAUUGCUCGGUUUAUAUACCGAGAAUCAUAUUUUAAUGGUAGUACCAUUAAACAAAUGUCCGAUCACUUCGACAACUUACUCACAGCCCUGGCUAAUACGGUACCGGAUGCCAGUCUUAGCACAGUUACCCUUAAGAUGUUUAGCGCUCCAGAGUACCAGGCAUUAACUGCAAAGGCAUUACCUCCAAGCCAUCUACCUUUCGAGACAAGCGUAUCAGACGCGGUAGAGAAAGCAAUUGAACGGUACCCCAAUGUAUGCGCAGUGGAAGGACUAUCACAGUCCUUGUCAUACCGGGAAUUUGGUAGGAUUACGGCAGAUACCGCAGCGCAGCUCAAGAAGAGUGUCCAACGAGGGAGUGUGGUAUGUGUGAUCAGCGAUGGCUCCGUUCUCUGGGUAAUUGCAAUGAUCGCAGUUAUCAGGGCCGGUGCUGUUUACUGUCCAAUCGACCAGAAGCUCCCUCAGGCAAGGAUGAAGUACAUGGUUGAAAACAGUGGAGCAUCACUAGUUAUUUACUGUAAUGCAAAACAAGACCUUGUGGUACCUGGUGUCCCUUGUUUCAACAUGGGCGCAGCCAUGUCGGAGAUGCCAUCUAGAGCCACGGCUACAUGCAGAGAGAGUAAUCGACCUAUGGGCGACGAUAUUGCAUGCUUGAUCUACACUUCGGGGAGUACUGGGUUUCCCAAAGGCGUUCCAUUGAAGCAUAAGGGCAUCUUGAAUGUGAUCUCCCACGAGAAAGGGAGGCUAUGCUCUACUCCGGGGCAACGAAACGCACAGAUGCUGUCACUUGGCUUUGAUUGCUGUAUCAAAGAGGUAUUUUCUACUCUUUGCUUUGGAGCGACUCUUGUUCUUAAAGAUCCCGCAAGCCCAAUAGCCCACCUUUCUCGAGUCGAUGCUACUAUGGCCACUGCUUCUUUGCUUACAACCUUGGAGCCCGACGACUUUCCAGGCCUGAGAGUGAUCAUGGUCGCCGGGGAAGCCCUGUCCCAAGGUCUGGCCGAUAAGUGGGCUUCUGGGAGGACCCUGAUAAACGGGUAUGCUCCCGCAGAAAGUACACUCAUUGCUACCGUAGCAACAAUAACUCCCGGUAAUAGGGUAUCAAUUGGAAGGCCAUUUACAGGGAUGUCUUGUUAUAUUUUGGACUCCAGGCAGCGGCCAGCACCAGUUGGAGUAAGCGGAGAGAUCUGCCUAUCCGGAAUCCAGAUUACACCAGGAUAUCUCCGCAACGAGCAGGAAACGGCUAAGCGAUUUCUUCAGGACCCAUUCAACCCUGACCAGGCCAUGUUUCGUACUGGUGAUAUAGGUAGGUUGGGAGAAGAUGGUAACAUCGAGUUUGUUGGCCGUGAGGAUAACCAAAUCAAGCUACGAGGCUUCCGAAUAGACCUUGGGGAAGUCCAGAAUACCAUGUUCCGGGUGGCUUCUGAGGCAAGGAAUAUAGCACUGGUGGUGUCGAAUGGUAGCCUGGUUGCCUUUGUUACCCCUGGCACACUUAAUGUCGAGCACCUGGCGAAGGAACUGGAAUCACAGCUGCCAGAGUACGCUGUCCCAAAGCAAAUCAUACCUCUUGCUACGCUCCCGACCUCCGCAAAUCACAAGGUCGACGCAUCAGCCCUGAGAAAACUUCUUAUAAACCACACAGUCCCGGCACUAACAUCCGCGGAGCUUGAGACACCUACUCAACGAACCUUGGCUGCUAUCUGGGCGAAUAUUCUUGGGCAUGAGCCUGGCAAGAUUUCCAUUGGUCCAAAUUCUCGAUUCUUUGAACUUGGAGGUCACUCUUUGCUGCAAAUAAAAGUAGCCCAGGCCAUCUCAAAGCAAUGCAAUAUCUAUCCUAUGCCACUUAGGCAGGUUAUCCAUCAUCAGAGCUUGCAGGAGUUGUCACUGGCAGUUAGUGAGUUGCUGGGUACCACAGAUGGAACAGGAGAAGCAAAGCAUUUCUUAGAAAUGUCCCCAAUCGCACGAGAGAAUCAGUUGCCGCUGUCACCCCUUGAGCAAGAACUAUUUCUCAAUCACCUAAUAUCAGAUGGCUCGCCUGCUGGCAAUAUGACCUUCGCUUGCAAAAUUAUAGGAGAUGUAGACCCAGUACGCUUAGCCACGACAUUCCAGCAGGUGGCAAUGGACGAAGAGAUAUUCCAGGCUCGGUACCAUGUUGCUGAUGGCUUUAUGACUCGACACCUGAUAAAAUCUAGGUGUAACUUUUCCCGAGUGGCUAAGACGUCUGACCCAAGAUCUCUUAUCCACAAAACGGUUAGAAAAUCGUUCAAUUUAAGCACAGAGCCACCGUUGGAAAUUGCGGUGAUUCCAUGUACCCCUAGGCAGGUUAUGCUAGUGAUAGUGAUGUCACAUGUGGUAGGAGAUGCUACUACAUUGGCAACCUAUCUUGAACAGGUCUCAGAAAGGUACUCCCAACUGGAGUCUCUCAAUAAGCCGGAAAUGCUUCCCGCAUCGCCACGGAAACUGACAUAUAUCGAUUGGGCUGGGUGGCCUAGGACACCACACAUAAGCCCUCAGUCCCGGGGUUUCUGGCCCGAUUAUCUUUCCAGUCUGCCGGAACCGCUAUUAUUCGGUAGAUCGUCUGCAGGAACCCUAACUUAUCUCGGGUCCACCAGAACUCGGACCUUGCCGGGAUCUAUGCUUGAGCGGCUUACUCGGCUUGCCGCAAGAGCCUCUGUCACAAUGCAUCAGCUUCUUAUUGCAGCUGUAUUCUUGGGGCUACAGUGUGUAGAUAGGCGUAAUGACAUCGUCUUUGCGGCUCCAUUCACUCAUCGGAUGGAGCGUGGGACGGAGUCUAUGGCAGGGUUGUUUCUCGACCGCCUUCUUAUUCGUGUCCGAUGUGGUUCAAACGAAAGCGAGUCAUUGUUACAAUUCCUGACGGCAAUCAAAAGUAGUAGUCAGCGUGCGCUGGAGCACGUUUUGCCCUAUCGUGAGAUUCGCAAGCUCCUGCCAUACAAACCAAGCCUCCUAGACCCUCUGUUCAAAGUCAUGGUAACAUACCACACUGCCUAUGACAUGAAACCCUUAUUCAGAGUUGAAGGUACUGAAGUCCAAAGUAUACCGCACCGCAACACAGGAGCCUCUAAGUUUCCUCUCUCUGUAGAGCUAACUGAGACUCCAGAUUUGGAUCUUUGUAUUGACAUGGAGUAUGACUUUGGUUGUAUUGACGAGGACACUGCGUUACGAUUGGAGUACGCAAUCGAAUUCACCCUACAACUUAUGUCCCUAGGUAUGGCCCCGCGCCAUAUAAUACGCCUCGUGAUAUCCUCAUUUGGAGUUUUUGAUGAAAGUAAACCUCCAGGCUCUGCAGAUAGAGAAGCGGCGAAAGGGGAAAAGAAGUGCAACGAAACAGCGGUACACCAGUUAAAUACCGAUAAGGUGGAAAGCGUCGCGAGGGACAUCAGAGACGCAAUAUGCCGAUGUCUAGGUUUGGAGGAACAUGUUGUGCUUCUCCACCAGUCAUUCUGGGAGCUAGGAGCACAGAGUAUAGACGCCCUACGGCUGCAGGAUAUAUGUAGCAAGCAAGGCCUUGAAAUCAGACUGCGGGAUAUAUUUGACUCUAGUAGUAUAACACAACUAGCAACCCGUGUUUAUGGUGCCCUUUAG